AUGCGCGAGCAGGGUGGUCAACACAGGAAGCUGCUGGAACAGUGCACUGAGUGCGGCAAGUGCUGCACGGGCGCGGGCGAGGUCUGGAUCGACUCCGCCGAGGCCGCCGCGAUGGCGCAGAGGCUCGAGCUGGACACCCCCACCUUUCUCGAAAAAUACACCAAGGAUUAUACCAGGCGUCAGGGGUGGUACUUCCUCAAGACGCGGCCGGGCGACGUGGACGGCGCGUGCAUCUUCCUCGAGCCGGACUCGAACCUCUGUCGCGUGCACGACGUCAGGCCGCUGAUGUGCAAGACGUAUCCGUGGUGGCCAGCGCUGGUCGACGAGGACACGUGGCAGCAGGAGAAGCGCGAGACGUGCGAGGGCUUCGACCACGAGGACGCGCCGCCGCAGGACGUCGACCACGCGCUGCGCAUGCUGCAGGAGAGCCGUGCGUACGUCGCGCGGCGCGAACGCGCCCCGCUGGCGAAAAAGGUGAAGAAACGCGCCGCCGCCGCGUCCAAGGGCUUCGGGGGACGAUGA